CUUUGACUUCGAACUGACUGAAGUGCUGCACACACAGGCUUUUGUUCAUUGCAGCUAAUUGUUUUCGGCAGGAAAGGACAAGCGAUGGCAGGAUCUGAGUGGAAGUGUAGACCCUCCACUGCACGAGCAUGGGAGUCCUCAGACUAUGAGCCAUCGCUUCCUGUUUCAGAGAAAUCCAACCCCUUGACCUGUGACAUUGACAGAGCUUCAGCCAAUCACAUCGUGAGGAUGUUACAGGCCUGCGACACUCAGAUGCUUCAAGAGGAGGCAGCAGGAAGUCAAUAUCAGAGGCUUCAGAGUGACCAGGUGGUGAAAACCAUGGCGACAGUUGCACAGAGAGUGGAGCUCAUUCUGAAGAAUUCCGAACCCAGCCUCGUGGUACUGAGCGGCUGUGGGACUUCUGGUCGGCUGGCUUUCCUCAUCGCGUCUGCCUUCAACAAAGCCCUGAAGGAGAUGAACCAGAAACCAGUCUACUCGUACAUUAUCGCAGGAGGAGACAGAGCUCUGCUUUCCUCCCAAGAAGCUCCUGAAGACGACCCCAAACAGGGCAUGCUCACACUAAAGCAGCUCUGUGAGGGGAAGAAGCAAGUUUUGUACAUCGGCAUUUCUUGUGGAUUAUCUGCUCCAUUUGUGGCAGGUCAGCUUGACUUUUGCCUGCAGCAUCCUGAGGUCUACACUCCUGUACUGGUAGGCUUUAAUCCUGCACACCAGGCCAGGAAUGACCCAAUGUUAGGCUGCACAUUUACUUUUCGUGAUGUGGUGCAAAGGAUGCAGAAACUUGCUGCAACUCAGAAAGCCUUCCUCAUUAACCCAGCAGUCGGGCCGGAAGCCAUCAGUGGUUCUUCGAGAAUGAAGGGAGGCAGCGCGACUAAGAUUCUCCUGGAGGUUAUCAUAUCUGCCGCUCAUGCUGCCAGCUUCACACACUCACCUGUCACAGACAAGUGUAUGCUUCGGCUCAUGUCGGCCUACGCAGAAACUCUGGAUGUCACGUAUGCUCACACUGAAGGGAUAUCAGCUCUGGUGGAAACGGCUGCCCAGAGUUUGCAGGGUGGGAGGCGUGUGUGUUACCUCGGCUGGGGCUCAUUGGCUAUAAUGGGCCUCAUUGAUGCCAGUGAGUGUAUCCCUACAUUUGGAGCAGACUACAAUGACGUUCGAGGCUUCAUCAGUGGCGGAUACAUCGAGCUAAACAACAACGAAGGUCCCCUGACUUCACUGGGCCCGGACUUUUGCAUAUCCCAUGAGGACUUUCUGAGUACGGUCUUUCCUUCUUUGAAUGAUGAGGACACUGUUGUUUUGAUCUACACCCACUCCAAUGACGUCGACGAGGUGGCGAAGAUGGCACUCAGAGUGAGAGAAAAGACGUCAAACCUUCACGCCGUUUAUCAUCGCUGUGAAGGAGACGAAGCUGUCGGACAAGAUAAUGUCGAUAGUUUGUGUUCAUCUGUUAUUAAAAUCUCCUGGCCGUCACGAUCUUCAGGAAUUUCCCUACAUAUGCAGUGGGAGCUGUCCACUAAGCUGCUGCUCAACGCUGUGAGCACCGGAGCUCACGUCUUAAAGGGGAAGAUUUACCAGAAUCACAUGAUCGACGUGCAGGUCACCAACAGCAAACUGUACCGCAGAGCUACACGUUUACUGCAGAAACUGUCUGGUCGCCCUGAGCUCCAGUGUGAGGAUGCUUUACUGAAGGCCAUCUACCAGGUGGACGAGCUGACGGCGGACAUCACAUCCUCCAACGUCACGGCGCACACACGCACCGCCAGAACCAGAACCAAGGUGGUUCCUCUUGCUCUGGUCUGUUUGCUCACUGGUUGCUCUGUGAUGGAGGCGGAGUCUCAUUUAAAACGACAGCCAAUCGUAAGGGAGGCGGUGGAGGCAUUUCUGUCAUGAUUACAGCUGCUUUUAACGAUCCCAUAAAUGUGCUCUUAAUUCACCUAUUUAAUUAUUCCUUUACUUAUGUUAAUUUUGUAAUGUAAUGGGUUCAAAUGUACAGCUAAUUACUGGAUUUGAUUACAUUUUAGUUUCCUAGCAAAUGUUUGAAACCACAUAAUAAAGCUGAAAAUUUCUAAAAACACAUAUUUUAACCAACAUUGUGCAUUAAUGGAGCAAUUUUCUGAUUUCAAAUAAGAAAUAUUGUUGAAUUACAAGCAGUAAUGAUAUUCUAUGACGUAACCCUCUCUAAUUCAUAAUGUAUUUAUUCUGUAACUGUCACUAAUUACAUUUAUUUCAUAUUUUAGUUAUGUAAGUCCACGUAAUCAUUCACUCUCCAACACUAUAAACACAUUUCAGUAAGGUAAGAUCUAGAAAAUACACUUGAAUCGGCUUUUUGGUGCCUUGUCAUAACCACAAACAAGUGUCUCUGCAGCAUUUUUCAGUCACAAAACCUCACUUUCUUGUGCACUCGUGAAAGUUGAACCCAGUUUGACAUUUCACACUGUGUUGUGUCACCGUUUUCAGAAUGCAAAGGCUCAUCCAUACUGGUCCGUGUGAUGUAAGUCAACCUCAAUCCCUCUGUGGCACACACAGGGUGAACACAGGCACUGGAUUAGUGUGUGUGUAUCUUGAGAGCGCUUGAGCAGCUUUGGAAACGCCUUUGGAGCAGAUCCAAAGGCCUCAGGGCCACACAGAGCCAAUACAGGACAGAAAAAUGCACCUCAUAUUGAAGUUUUUACAAGAAUGAACGUAUAAUCCCAGCUCUAAAAAAGGCUGGUACCUGUCAAAUGUAAAUAAAAACAAAUAGAAAUCU